AUGGUCACAGUAAUCUAUUUCAAAGCGUUUAGAUCAUAUGUAGAAGUCGUUAUUAUAAACGUGCAGGAUAAAAACGUGCUAAGCAAAACCACAAAUUUAAGCCCUUAUGAUAAAUUAGAAUACUUUGAUCGAUGUAGAAGAGAAAGUAUUCUUUGUUUUACUACGUCAAAGUCAAAAGCAACACUAUCACAUGUGCCCGGCAUAUUUGGCUUACGUGGGGAAAUGUCUGAAUGGGACCGUUGGGUUAUAACGACUGAUGACAGGGUUAGACAUGAUGCUCAGUUCCAGUUCCUCAAACCAGUUGGUGGUUAUAUAACUGGUGAACAAGCAAGAGUUUUCUUUAUGAAGUCAGGUUUAUCAGUUAUGGUUCUGGGGCAGAUAUGGGCUCUUGCAGAUAUGGAUAUGGAUGGGAAAAUGGACAAGAAAGAGUUUUCAAUAGCUAUGUUUCUUAUCAAAAAAGCACUAGAAGGCUUACCUUUACCUUCUGCUUUGCCUCCAGGCCUCAAGAAUGAUCCUCAACCCGCAUUUAUUACAUCAGGUGUUACACUCGCGUUAGGUUUAGUGAGUGAUGCAGGACAUAAUGGUUUGUCUUCUGCGCCAUCAAAUGAGAAAGAUUCUAAUUUGGCAUCUGCAGCUUACCAAGAUUGGGUAAUAUCAUCAACCAAUCGUCCUCGUUAUCGACUUCUUUUCAAUCAGCACGAUCGAAAUAAGCGUGGUUUUCUUACUGGUGUAGAAGCAAGAAGUAUUCUUUUACAAUAUGGCCUUUCAAAUCCCAUACUAGCUCAUAUCUGGAACCUUGCAGAUUUGGAUAAAGAUGGCAAUUUAAACUGUGAUGAAUUUAGCAUUGCAAUUUUCUUAAUUGAAAAAGCACUUUCUGGAUCUCAACUUCCAAAUACACUUCCUUCUGGUCUUAUUCCUUCAAAUCAACCGCGCACAUUUGGGCAUACAUCUCCUAAUGUCACUGCCAAACAAGAUGAUAACGAGUGCAAAGAAAGCAAAUCAUCUUUGAGUUUUGAAGAUAAACGUAGAGAAAAUUUUAGACAAGGUCAAGCAGAACUAGACAGACGGAAGCAGGAGUUAGCUGAAAAAAUGCGUUUAGAUGAAGAAAUUCGCUUGGAAAACGAACGAUUAGAAAAGGAGAAGCAACAAAAAUUACGUAUGGAAAAAGAGCGUCAACAAGCUGCAGAAGCUGAAAAACAAGCAGAACUUACAAGACAACUGGAAGUUCAACGAGAACAACGUCGUCGUCAAGCUGUUGAGCAUAGGAUGAAGGCUGCACGUGAAGCAGAAAAACAACGUCAAAUUGAGUUAGAGCGGAUUCGAACUGAUGCUCUUUUGAAGGAGCGUAAUCAUAUGCAAGCUCUACUGGAGCAGGCUAUUGCUCACCGUGCAAGUUUACUUGAAUCAGCAACAUCACAACAGCAACGUUUAUCGGAAUUAGACUCUCGUCUCACAGUUGCACAAACUGAAGUUGAUUCUCAUAAGACAAGUAUUAAUGAAAUGCGUAGUAAACGCGAUGCUUAUGAGCGUGAUAUUCGCGAAAUGACUGAACAAAUGGAAGCUGCUAAGGCUGAACUUACUCACUGGCAGAGAGAAAAGGAACAGUUAAGCUUGCGAAUGGCCGCCGGAGUAGAUAUGAAUCCUGUCAUGGAACAGUACAAAACACUACAGUCAAUGCGUGAUGCACGUAUUAAAGCAAUUGAGCAGUUAAAAAAUAAAUUGAAUGAAUUAGAUCAGAAUAUGACUCAGCAAGGUCAUGAACUGGCUACUAGACGUAACAAAAUUGAUGAUGCAGAAGGUCGCGUCACACGAGCAAUGCUUGAUUUAGUUGAUUUACGACAUUCUGUUGAACAGAAAAUGGAAGCAUAUAAAUUGAAAAAAAAAUCUGAUUUAUCCACAUCCACUCCAACUAAUGUUGGAAAUGCACAAAAAGAAUUAUAUGAAGCAAUGUUUGAUUUUACUGCUAGACAUCCAGAUGAAUUAUCAUUUACAACUGGAACUCUAAUUGAUGUUUUUGCAAAUGCCCCGGUUAAUGUAGGUCCAGGUUGGUUGUAUGGUCAAAUUGAUGAUAAAGUUGGAUUAUUUCCUGAAACGUAUGUACGAAAAAAAGUCGAUGGGAAGAUUGAUCCAUUCGAUCCCUUUGGAGUUCAUAAAAUAACAAGUACUUCUUUACCACCGGGAGUGAUGACAACAACAGUGACAACAUCUACGACAAAUGGUACACCUGCCCAUACAAGUAGUGCAUUGGAUACUAUUAGGAGUUUGGCUGAACCGGUAAAUGAUGUUUUUAAAAAUGGGUCAACUACAAAACUCAAUGAUACUACUUUCUCUAACAAAGAAUUUUCUGGUGAAGUACAACAGAGUUGGAAUGCAUCAAUGUCUACAAUAACUUUACCUGAAAAUAUACCGACAGAUCAAUUGUUAACAUUGACAGUUGAUGAUCACGUAAAAAUUAUUAAAGAACACGACAAUAACAAAGAAUGGUAUUUUGGUGAAAUAACUGAUAAAUCUGGUAUUGUGAAGAAAGGAUGGUUUCCAGCAUGUUGUCUAAAACCACUUAUUUCUAAUAUAGAAAACGGGUUAAAUUUGUCUUCAUCACCAAUCAACACAUCGAAACAACCAAACAUCCUCUUUUCAUGUGUUGCGUUAUAUCCAUAUGAGUCGAAUGUACCGGGCGAUCUAAAUCUCUCUGUUGGUGAUUUGAUUAGAGUUUAUGUUAUAAAAGAUGAUUGGUGGGAAGGUGUUUGUGAACGAUCAAAACUCAAAGGUUUAUUUCCGGCUAAUUACGUUCGUAAACUAAGCAAUGAAGAAACACGUUCAAUGGAAGAAAAGCUAGGAUUAAGCGGAUCAAUUGUUAACCAAAAAGAACCUAACGACACAAGUAAUUCUCCAUCUCUGUCGAAAAUAACUCCUACAUCAUCACCAAAAUUAAUGGAAGCAAAUCCUAAUGACUGUAUGGCUAGUUUACUUUCUUCAUCAAAUACAUCUUCGACUUCAUCAUCUGGUGUUGUUGUAUGCACUCAGCCGGAAUUCGCUCGAGUAAUUGCACCGUACAAAGCUACUUCAGCUGGUCAACUAACACUUCAACCUGGUCAAGUUGUACAACUUCGUAAACGUUCACAUAAAGGUUGGUGGGAAGGAGAAUUACAGCAAAGAGGUCAUAUUCGUCAAAUUGGCUGGUUCCCAGCAGAUUUUGUUCGACUGAUUACACCACUAACAGUGAAUGGAUCGUCCACCUCAUCUGGUCAACAACUGUCCAAAUUACCAGAUUCCACUAAUAAUCAGAAUGAAAAUAGUCCAACAAGUUUAAAAGUGUUAGCAUCAAAAGCGGUGACUACAUCGAAUUCUGUUACUGAUAAUUCUGUACCAAGUCAACAAUCACAAUCAAAUCAUGUGGAAUUGAUGCAAACUAUUUUUAGUUAUAAAGCUGUUCUUGCAGAUGAAUUAACAUUUGAAGAAGGUGCUAUUAUCACAGUACUAGGUCGAGAUGAACCUGAAUGGUGGCGUGGUCGACUUCAAAGUUCAGGAGCAGAAGGACUUUUCCCUGUUAAUUAUGUACGUCCGUACACUCUUCCUUCUCAGCCAGAAAAAUCCGUAAAUCAACGUUCUAUUGCUUCGUCUAAAAUGGAUACUGAUAUUUCUAGAAAACUCCGUGAACGUGAUUUCGCCAUUAGAGAACUUAUCGAAACUGAAUUAACAUACAAUAAUAGUCUUAUUGAAGUGAGAGAUGUCUUUUAUAAACCUAUGAAAUCAUUAAAAAUGUUAACCACACAACAACUGGAUGAUAUUUUCCCUCAUUGGAAUGAGUUGAUAGAUACUUCGACGGAAUUUUAUCGUGAUUUAAAUGAUUACGUUAAAUCUGGCUCAUCGAAUCAGUCAUUCGGUCAAAUCCUUUUGAAACAUAUGGUUAAGUUUAAAGUUUACCGUCUCUAUUGUAUUCAACAACCUGUUGCAUGUGAAACUUUACAACAUUGUUUAUCAUCGAAUUAUCGUUUAAACCAACUGGUUAAAAUAUUUGAAAAAAAUACCAAAACCAAAGGUCUACCUCUAGCGUCAUAUCUGUUAAAACCAAUGCAACGUAUCACAAGAUAUAAAUUGAUCAUUGAAAAGAUUGCAACAAAUACAGAUAUUUCAUAUCCAGACCACGAUGAAAUUUCCAAAGUGAAUAAUUUGAUGUGUGCACUUUUAAAGUCAAUCGAUCAUGCAGUUGGAUCUAAAGAUAACCAUAAUCGAAUCGAGUGGUUUCGUUCACGACUGACUGGUGCUGAUAAACAGCUUUUAGAUUGGCUGUCCAAUGAUAAACCUCAGAAUCCUCGUGACAGACCAUGUUUAGUUCAUUGUGGUACACUUUAUAAAGCAAAAAACAAUCGAGAAUUCAUUUGCUUUUUAUUCAACAAGUAUUUAAUUUUAACGACACCAAAUUAUAAUACAAAUGGACAAUUAUUUGAAUUUCCGCCUACAACUGGAUCGUCUGGACAAAAAUGGUCUUUUAUGAUGUAUAAAGAACCAUUGGCGUUGAAUCAAAUUUAUGUGUUCAAAGGUUCAUUCAGACUAGGUUGUGAAUCAACAUCUUCAGUUUGUAGUAGAUAUUCAGUAACACCUAAAUCAGCACUAUAUAACAGAUCUACCAGUGAUGAAAUUGUACGAUAUGCAUCCACUUCUACAUUAACUGAAUCAACUGAAAAUUCAACUGUGAAUAUUAGACAUCAAUCAGAGAUUGGAAAAUAUUCAACAGCAAAUGUUUUCUCUUUACUCAAACGAAGAAAUUCUUGGCAGCCUAUAGUGACUUUGAAAGCUCCAUCAAAUGAACUUUGUGAUCUUUGGGUGUCAAUUUUGCGAGACCAAAUUAAAGCGGAAAGUAAUUUGUUAAAUACAUGUGCUACUUAUUCACCAUCACCGAAAAAUGGGUACCCACAGCAUUUACUGUUCACAAUUAUAAAAGUUUACACUAACUCACAAGAUCAAUUUGAAGUUCAUUUCAAAAUUAGUAUAACUGAUCAAAUGUGGAAAUUUUGUCAAAUAAGUGCUAAUCAAUCAAUACUAGACUGGAAAACACCAUCAUCUGAGACGUUAAAUUUUCUUAUACCAGAAUCUUUAGAAAAGCGUUUACAUAUAACUGCUUUCAAAUCAUUACCAUUUAUUAAUUCAAAUAUAAUUGGAUCAUGUAUUAUACCAUUUUCAAAUAUAUUCACUAAUUUCCCACCAAGUUCAUUUGAAUCAUUUACUAAACAAAUUGAAUUGGAUCAAUCACUCGGUAUGAAAGUGGAAUUCAACAUUGAACUUACUGUUUAACGAUAGCUGAUGAUGAUGAUGAUGAUGAAGAGGAGGAGGAGGGCGACAAUCGAAUAACACUAAUAGUAUAAUGUAUUCAUUCAAUUCUAAUUUACAUAUUUUAAACAGAAUGCUAUUUGUUUUUGUUUUUUUUAAUACGUACAUAUGUAUAUUGUUUUUCUUAUGUUUUAUUUGAAUAUCAUUAAGUCUUAUUUUAUUCUGACUAAGCUAAACAAUCACAACUAUCAACUAUCAACUUGAUGCUUAUCCAUCUCUUCUAAACGUAUGAGAAUACUUGAUGAUUGUGCUUCUGCUUUGUUUUUUUUUUAUGUCUUAUUACUUGUACAUUGUACUUGGUGUUCACAUCAUUUUCUUUUGUACUACAAUCAUUUUUCAUAAGUGUUUUACCCCACUGUCAAUAGAGAAGUGCACAUGCUUCCUAGCUUAGAAAAUUUACGUUUAUUCCACAUCAGUAAUAAUGGAGAAAAAAAAACAAUAAUUCCAUGCACAAAAUUAAGAUCUCGUCUUAAAAUUACUUUGUCUUAUCCAUUUAUUUUCGUUCUUUUUUUUUGUAUUUUAUUGUAGCUUCGAUUUUUGCUAAUAAAAUUUUAUCAGUGAUUCUUAUUAUCUUUUCUCUGCUUUUUAAUUUCAG